CUGUUUGAAUUUAAAUGGCAGAAACUAUUCUUGAUAAGCCUGUCCAAACUCUGAAUGAGAUUGAGCUCUUUGCAUUCGAGACCAAGAUUAGAAAGGAUAUCAUGGACCUGAUAAGACCUUCUAUAGAGCAAUCAAAGGAGCUUCAGUCGCAUCUUCGACAUGAAAAUGAUUAUGUCAAACUGAAGAUUUCGGAAUUUGAGAAGACUUUAGUAAGUCUCAACAAAAACAGCAUCUUAAAAGAAUUCAAUGACCAAAUUCUUGAUUAUACAAUGGAGUCUGCUAAGAAGGAAGAGCAUCUAAAGCACUUGUUUUCCAAUACAUCUGAAGAAAUUGUGAAUAUAAAGCUGGACAUUAAAAGGUGUAGAACAGAGAAUGAGAACACUAUUGAGCAUAUUAAAUAAGCUCACUGAUCAUCUCAACACAGUUCAUGAAAGCAUUAUAGCCAAGAUUCCUCAGAUUGACUUUCAGAAUCAAAUUCUUGAAGAGGAGAGAUUGGCUUCUGACAAAAAGAAGCAGGCUCUUCCUCCUACUAUCAGAAUGGAUUGUACUGAUUGCAAGGCAAUCCUGGCUGAAAGCCAGGAUAGGCUUGACAAGUACUCCUCCAUGUUUAGAGAGUACAAAGUGAAGGUUGACUCUCUCUUUGAGAAUUCUAUCCGAGAAGACAAGUUUGAUAAUGAAAUGAGUGAGCUUAAGGACACGAUCACUCAAGUUAGAUAUGCAAUGAAAGAUCUAAACUUCAACAUGGUGGCAAUGGAUACAGAGAUUAAGGAAAUCUCUAGGCUCAAGAACAAAUAUAGGCAUUCAAUGGCUAAAUAGGAUGGUUAAUAACUUAGACAAACCUGCUAAGGACAUAGAAAAUGAGGAUGAUAUUAUCCAAAGUGAAACAAUGAAAUUUGAGAAAAUUGAGAAAAUGAACUCAUUUACUCUUUCACAUAAACAGUCAGAGAAGCCCCAGAAUGUGAAGCCAAACCUGACCUCAGCUAAUUCAUUAGACAAUGUCUCCUCCAAGAGACCUGAGCAAGAAGGUGUCCUGAGCAAAGAGACCAGACGCUCAAUGCUUGGUAUGGGAGACCUUGUUAGCUUCGAAGAUCUUGACUUUGAUGUUGCCAAAGAAAUAAAAUUUUCUACUCACCAAAUCAACAAAAUUGAAGACAGAUUAGAGCAGCUGUAUGAAGAAAUCAAUUUUUGGAAACAAGAGAACAAUAACUUCUCUAAAAAGUUAGUAAAUGAAGCAAACCAGAACUGUGAAAGCAAAAAUUUGGAAACGAUUUCUCAGAUUAAAACUACCCAAGGAGAGUUGAAUGAGUUCAUAAUGCAACAAAAUAAGGAAAAGAUUGAAUUCACUCGCGAUAUAAAAAUACUUGAGUCAAAAUUAGAAGAACUAGAGUAUUUUCAGCAGAGCCAUAAAACUCUACUAGCAGAGACUAUCAAAAAUGUUGAGACCUUGGAAACCAAGGAUCCUAAGAGAGACUCAGUAUCUAGCAAUCAGUUUAGAGGACCGAGUCGGAAUACAAAGAAUAAAUUUCAGACAUUAGAAUUUAGCCCCCAUAAUUUUAGCACAGUUACUCAGAGCAUUAAAUCUUCUCAGCAUAAGAAGCAGACAAGUGAAAAUUUGAACCAGACCUUGACUAAGAGAAGCAAGAAGGCUCCUAAUAUCAAUACCUCUGGUGGGUUUAGAAUAAUGACUAAGAUCAAUCACAGAAGAAAUUUCUCAGACGGCACAAACAUGCUUAAGAGUAAGAACAUGGCCAAUAUUCUUUCACAAAUGCCCAAAAUGUAGCUAAAAGAGUACCAAACUUC